GUGCUAUUGUGCGCAUGCGUAUUGUCGAGGUGAAGGGCUGGGAAAAAUUUACGUCUAUCAAUUCUUGGGUGAAAAUCUCCAAAUUUCCUCCUUUUUCUUCCGAAAAAGGGCGUAAAACAUGGCGGAUGAAGACUGGGCAGCGGCCGCCGAGGAGCAGGAGCGUUUAUCUGGCCAGGUAAACAAGCUAGCAAUUGGCAGUACCCCCAAACCUUCACCCGCACCCCAAGCAGCACCUGCUUCCCAAGCUCCUGCUACUGUCCCAGAGGAAAAGCCUGCGGAUGGCUCAGGAUGGGAUGAGAGUACUAACCGCACAACAGAAAAUCCAGAGGACACAAAAAAUGAACUGGCGGAGUCAUCUCUUCUGACCAAAUUAUUAAGGGACAAACUUGUGGUGACCAAGCAUGAGGUUGAGGUACUUCGAAGUGAUCCGAGCUCACCUCUGUACUCUGCAAAAUCCUUUGAAGAACUUCCCUUGUCAGCAAACCUCCGUCGUGGGGUCUAUGACAUGGGUUUCAACAAGCCGUCUAAAAUCCAAGAGACAGCCCUUCCAAUGCUGCUAGCAGAUCCACCUGUAAAUAUGAUAGCCCAGUCUCAGUCUGGUACUGGUAAAACAGCAGCAUUUGUUUUGACCAUGUUGAGUCGAGUUGAUGCUACCAAGCCAUACCCACAGGUGAUCUGUUUGUCCCCGACAUACGAGCUGGCCAGGCAGACUGGUAAGGUGGCCGAAGCCAUGGGCAAACACUGCCCACACAUCAAGAUCAACUACGCAGUCAGAGGCAACCAAUUUCCCAGAGGCCAAAAGUGCACAGACCACAUCAUCAUUGGUACCCCUGGCACUCUACUAGACUGGAUCAGGAAGUCAAAAUGCUUUGAACCGAGAAAGGUGUCUGUGUUUGUACUGGACGAGGCAGAUAUCAUGAUUGCUUUGCAAGGCCACCAGGAUCAAUCCAUUAGAAUUCAUAAAUCGCUACAUAAAGACUGCCAGGUGCUUCUAUUUUCCGCCACGUAUGAUGAGGAUGUCAUGAAGUUUGCUGAGACUGUAGUUCCCAACCCUAUCAUCAUCCGUCUCCGCCGCGAAGAGGAGAGUUUGGAUAACAUCAAGCAGUACUAUGUUGUGUGCAAGAACUCAGAAGACAAGUUUGAAGCCCUCUGCAACAUGUACGGAGUUCUCUCUAUAGGACAGUGCAUGGUUUUCUGUCAUACACGCCGUAAUGCAGCAUGGCUGGCGGAGAAGAUGGUGAAAGAAGGCCAUGCCGUGGCACUCCUGUCUGGUGAGAUAACAAUUGAGCAACGGAUAGCAGUACUGGAGAGAUUUCGAUUGGGCAAGGAAAAACUUCUGAUCACAACAAAUGUGUCUGCACGAGGCAUUGAUGUUGAGCAAGUCACUCUUGUUAUCAAUUAUGAUAUGCCAAUGGAUAUGCAAGGCAAAGCUGAUUUUGAGACUUAUCUUCACCGCAUUGGACGUACAGGGCGCUUUGGCAAGUCUGGCAUUGCUGUGAACUUUAUUGACGGACAGAGGUCCAUGAAUAUAAUGAAGAAAAUUGAGGAGCAUUUUGGCAAGAAAAUUCAGCACUUACAAGCUGAUGAUGUAGAUGAGUUGGAAAACCUGCAGAAAUAAACUGAUUUGAUAUCUAUCCUAUCAGCAAACAACACGUUUUAUACAUUUUUAUUUUAAAGUUGAACGUUCAAACUGCUGUAUUUUACAGACAAUAUGCUCAUUGAGCCAAAAGUGCUAGGCUACAAGUAUUAGGUUGCGGCAAGCACUUGAAUAACAGAUUAUAAUAGAAUCUAGUGGUUGCUGGAGAUGCCAGCUAAUAGAACUAUACUGUAGAUGGAUAGCAGCGAUACCAUACCAGAUCUCUUUGGUAGACAAAACAGUUAUUGUAAAACCUUGUACAGAGAGUCAUUCCAUGUUUAGUUACUGCUGUUGAUAUUUAUGGAUAUUCCAUUCCAUGCUCUGCUUUAUGCCAAGUGAAUUACAUUUAUCACAUGGGUUGGGAACUAGAUAGCUUUAAAUUAAAACCAGUUAAAUUGUAUUCCUUUCAUACAAUUUAUGAUGAACAGUUAGCUGUAAUUGUUUGAAAAA